CAUGGCGCCCAGCAGCAUGCUGCCGGAUCAUGCAAUCGGCAACGGCAACACUGCCAUCGCCAACAAGGACUAUCGCGACCCACCUCCUGCGCCGCUACUGGACGCCGGCGAGCUGGGAAAGUGGUCCCUCUACCGUGCCGUCAUCGCCGAGUUCACCACCACGCUCCUCUUCAUCUACGUCACCGUGGCCACCGUCAUCGGCCACAAACGCCAGUCCGAGGGCGCCAUCUGUGGCGGCGCAGGGAUCCUCGGCAUCGCCUGGUCCUUCGGCGGCAUGAUCUUCAUCCUCGUCUACUGCACUGCCGGCAUCUCCGGCGGCCACAUCAACCCUGCCGUCACCUUCGGCCUCCUCCUUGCGCGCAAGGUCUCGCUUCCCAGAGCACUUCUCUACAUGGUAGCGCAGUGCCUCGGCGCGGUGUGCGGCGCCGGACUCGUCAAGUCCGUACACGGCUCGCAGUACGCACGCUAUGGCGGCGGCGCCAACGAGCUGGCCCCGGGGUACUCCAAGGGGGCCGGGCUAACCGCCGAGAUCGUCGGCACCUUCGUGCUGGUGUACACUGUGUUCUCCGCCACCGACCCGAAGCGCAAGGCUAGGGACUCUCAUGUGCCCGUGCUGGCGCCGCUGCCCAUUGGGUUCGCGGUGCUCAUGGUACACCUUGCCACGAUCCCCAUCACCGGCACUGGCAUCAACCCCGCCAGAAGUUUCGGGCCCGCCGUCGUGUACAACAGCAAGAAGGCGUGGGAUGACCAGUGGAUCUUCUGGGUGGGGCCCUUCGUCGGAGCCACCAUAGCUAUGGUGUACCACCAGUAUAUCAUCAGGGGCGGAGCUGGCAAAGCACUCGCCUCCUUCCGCUCCAACUACACCGCCUACGCCUAACAGCACUGCUUCGACCAAUCAAAAUCAGCAGAUAUAUAUCCAUGGCGUUCAUUUUAACAUUUUUUUGUUGUUCUAAUGUAUGUA